AUGACUUCCAUCGCCACCAAAAUCGCCAAAGGUUUCAUCGAGAAGAAUGCGAAGCAGUACGAGCCCGUCGACCCAUUCUACGAGGAAUAUAUCGACAAGAAUGGCAAAGAGAAGCGAAGAAAGCGUCCGCCUCCACCAGGCUUGACAAAACAAGAAGCCAAAUUGUUGAGGAAGAUUGCUAGAAGGGCACAUUACCUGGACAAGGGCUUCACCAUUUGCGGUUUCAGAUUCGGAUGGACGGCCAUCAUCGGCAUCAUUCCCGGCGUGGGAGAUGCGACCGAUGCUGCUUUGAACUACUUUUUGAUCCUCAAGCCUUCCAAGAAGGGCGCAGAUCUGCCAGACUGGGUCGUGCGCCGCAUGGCAGCCAACAAUGCCGUAUCCGUAGUGGUUGGAUUAGUGCCAAUCGUGGGGGACAUUGGUCUAGCAGUCUGGCGAGCCAACUCGCGCAAUUGCAAGCUGUUGGAAGAGUUUUUGCGCGUGAGGGGAGAAGAGCACAUUGCGCAAGGGUUGACCGGCUUGACCGUCCUUCAACCGCUGCCCGAAGGUGCUAGGAGCAAAGAUGGCGGGAAUGUUCCCAAAGAUCAUCCGGCGCAGAAACCGGCAAAGGAACUGGUCAAGAGCCAUUCGGGUCAGAUCGAUGUGAGCACUACUACCGCCGCUGCUGCUACUGCCAAUGCGAGCAACAAUGCGACUUCGAGCGCGCCUGCCUCUGCAUCCAACACGGCGCCUGCUGCAUCGUCCAAUGCCAAAUAG